CGCCCCGCGGGACGCGCAGCUGCGGGAGGGCGCAGCUCGGCCCCGCCGCCCGGCCGGAGCUCGGGGCGCAGCCGCUCGGGCGCCCCGCAGGCAGAGCCCUUUACCAUGAACCAGCCGGCCCCUGGGGCUCCCCCGCCACCCCGCCGUGUGCGGCUGAAGCCCUGGCUGGUGGCCCAAGUGAACAGCUGUCAGUAUCCAGGGCUUCAGUGGGUCAAUGGGGAAAGAAAAUUCUUCUAUCCUUGGCGCCAUGCUACACGGCACGGCCCCAGCCAGGACGGAGACAACACCAUUUUCAAGGCCUGGGCCAAGGAGACGGGGAAAUAUACCGAGGGAGUGGAUGAGGCUGAUCCGGCCAAGUGGAAGGCCAACUUGCGUUGCGCCCUUAAUAAGAGCCGCGACUUCCGACUCUUCUAUGAUGGGCCCAGGGACAUGCCACCUCAGCCCUACAAGAUCUACGAGGUCUGCUCCAAUGGCCCUGCUCCCACAGAGUCCCAGCCAGGAGAUUAUACUGUAGGUACAGGAGAGGAGGAAGAGGAGGAAGAGGAAGAGCUCCAGAGGAUGUUACCUGGCCUGAGCAUCACAGAAGCAGUGGGGCCUGGUCCCCCCAUGGCACCUUAUUCUUUACCCAAAGAAGAUGUCAAAUGGCCACCUGCUCUCCAGCCACCUGUGGGGAUUGGUCCUCCUGUCUCAGACCCCAGUCUCCUGGUCCCUCCCCAUGGCACCUCUGCUGACUUUGGGCAGCUUCCUCCUGAGGUCUUGGAGCCUGAGCCCCUGGGUAACAGCCUGUCUGCUGUGGGCGAACAACUCCUGCCCGACCUGCUGAUCAGCCCCCACAUGCUGCCCUUGACUGACCUGGAGAUCAAGUUCCAAUACCGGGGACGGCCACCCCGGGCCCUCACCGUCAGCAACCCACAUGGCUGUCGGCUCUUCUACAGCCAGCUGGAGGCCACCCAGGAGCAGGUGGAACUCUUUGGCCCUGUGAGCCUCGAGCAAGUGCGCUUCCCCAGCCCUGAGGACAUCCCCAGUGACAAGCAGCGCUUCUACACGAACCAGCUGCUUGAUGUCCUCGACCGCGGGCUCAUCCUCCAGCUACAGGGCCAGGACCUGUAUGCCAUCCGCCUGUGCCAGUGCAAGGUGUUCUGGAGCGGGCCCUGCGCCUCAGCCCAUGGCUCGUGCCCCAACCCCAUCCAGCGAGAGGUCAAAACCAAGCUCUUCAGUCUGGAGCUAUUUCUCAAUGAGCUCAUCCUGUUCCAGAAGGGCCAGACCAACGCCCCCCCACCCUUCGAGAUCUUCUUCUGCUUUGGGGAGGAGUGGCCUGACCACAAACCCCGGGAGAAGAAGCUUAUUACUGUCCAGGUGGUGCCCGUUGCAGCUCGGUUGCUGCUGGAGAUGUUCUCAGGGGAGCUUUCUUGGUCAGCUGACAGCAUCCGGCUGCAGAUCUCAAACCCAGACCUUAAAGACCACAUGGUGGAACAGUUCAAAGAGCUCCAUCAUAUCUGGCAGUCUCAGCAGCGGCUGCAGCCCCCUGUGGCCCUGGCCCCUCCUGUGGCAGGCCUUGCUGCUGGCCAGGGGCCCUGGCCUAUGCACCCAGUUGGCAUGCAAUAACGAGGUCUAGGCAUUCCUGGGUAGCAGUAUGGACAGAUAUGGUAAUGGGGUGGCCCCAGCAGGCCUGGCUGGCUACAGGUUGGCUCUGAGUUUCCUGGAAGUGGAUUUGGACUGAGAACAGAGAAAAGAGGCCUAAAUGGCAGGCUUUCCCUGAAAAAUCUUUUCUUUGAGGGCUUUGUCUUUCUGGGCUUGCUCUGCUCUUCCUGCCUCUAGUGAAACUCAGUCAGCAGCCCCAGGGAGCAAGGAAGGAGGGGACCUAGUUACACAAGGCAAACUGCCCCAGGGUGGCCCACACUUACGGUUGCCCUAUUUCCUCUAGCAAAGAGUCAAGGAGUGUUGUGGACCAGGUAGCCCACAGCAGGGCUUCUGCAGGGCAUGGGCCUGAUUGAGGGGUUCCUUAGUUUGUGCCUUGCUUCUUCAUCUUUCUUCCUCCUGAGAUGGAUCUGAGCCUUUAGAUAUCAACAGACACUUAGGGCUGGCAGCUGCUCCCGCUCCCCUUCAGAGUUGUAGAACCUGAGAUAGAAAGAAUUUUAUGUAUUUUUUGAGUAAUAAAUGUUAAAAGUGGACUCAGUUGUUUCUUUACU